AUGAAGUUCGCUUCAUGUUUGGCGGCAGUCAUCCUCUUCCUGCCGGUGGUGGUCCUUCAGAAAACUGACCCUAAAGCAGCGAAACCAGGUAUAACUUCAGAUUCGGUCAAACAGUUGAAACAAGAAUUUAAUUUGCAGGAUUACACGAUUUUAUUAUUAAAAAAGUGCACGAUACCGCCUCGUACCUGGGAUUCGGUGUGACGUGUCGCAACGGAGGACACAAGACGGAGGAGAACACGUGCAUUUGCCCCAAAUUUUUCCGAGGAAAAGAAUGCGAGACGAAGCAGUGCAUCAACGGAGGAAAACUCGAAAAAGUGCUCGUGCCGAAUGUGCACUACGUGUGCAAGUGUCCCUUCCCGGAGCACAUUCUCGGCGCGCACUGCGAAAAGAUCCAGUGCGAGAACAACGGUUCGCUGAGAACGUACGGGAACGGAACGUGGAACUGCGACUGCUCGACCGCCCGCUUCCACGGCGGAACGUUCUGCGAGAGGUUCCUUCUUUCCUCGGGAUGGGUCAUGAUGAUCAUUUGCAUUGGCGUCUUGAUCAUCGUUGUUUUCGUUUGCUCUUCGAACUGGUUCAGCAGGAAUCGUGCCAAUAGAAGACGGAAUGGCAGCCGAUGUCCGGCCCAAGGACCCCAUGCUACUCGUUCCACUUCCGGUUCUCGAGACGCUGCUGGUCGGCGAGUCGCUUCUACCCACCGUACUGCUCACAGAUCCUCAUCGGCUGAUGACCUGAUCGCAACGGAGCACGGAGCACCGAGAAGAGUUGCCGCCGCGUAUCCGCAACGUCUCACGCAGCAGUACGUCGUUCGACUCGACACCAUCCCGACUUUCAACCCUUCUAUGAUUGGUAAGCUACCAAAACCUUUCAGUGUCACUAAUAUUCACUGUGCUUUAGGUGGUGUUGAGCCCAUUGUUUUGGGCGGAAACGAGUCCAACCGAAUGGGACCUCCACCAAGUUACGAUCAAGCUCUGGUGUCGACGAUUCCGGUGCAGCCGCCAAAGUACACACCCACGGACACAUCGAAAGCGAACACAUAG